GACACGAAAAAUGCCGAGAAGAACCCACACAGACACAAUACACGAAAAAAACCAUUCUUAUUUCUUACCUUCUUUUUUAGUUUUUUUACCCUCUACCCCCAUAUAUUUUUUUCUUCUCCACUAGAGAGAGAGAGAGAAUCGCCGGGAGUCAUUCUGAUCUUCUUUGGCCUGAUAAUCAUUCGGUGCGAGUUGUUUCCUCUCCCGUAUUCUUCAUCUCCCUUUUAUUUAUGUUUCUGGAGAGGCAUGGAGGGAGAGAAUAAGCCAUUGGACAUCGACUGGAAAAAGGUUUUGCCGGUCGGAGACGACGACCCUCCGCCGGACCUGGUGGUGAUCAGUGGGGAGUCACAAAACCAGAAGGACGAAGUCGAAUCGAUUCCCGAUUAUCAACUCAAUGACAAGAUUAAGAGAGCACAGAAAAACAUCGGAGAACUCUCCUCCAAGCUCCCUGACAACGGCGCUAAGCUUCGAGCUAACCUAAAGCGCCUCGAAGAGGAGAGAGAGCGCAGGAGACUCCUCAGACUGAAAAAGGAUGCUGAUGAGUGCGAAAUGGUAAUGCAGUUACAGAGCUCACGUUUAUCUGGUGCUGACAGUGGUUUGAGCCGAGAUGCUCCAUCAUCUCAAGCAUGUCCACAAUCCUCAUUUUCAUCUUUAUUUGUGGAAAAACUUGAUGGAAAGCCAGAUGGUACUAGUCACACCACAGAUAAAGCGUUUGAUAAUGAGUUAUCCAUUUUGCACUGUGGAAACAAAAAAAAUACAAGAUCAAAUGGACAUUUCUCACAUAAGGAAAAGAAUGGAUCGAGAAUGUCUAUAAGACAAUCACCUUUUAGAUGCUCUGGCAGUUACAAUCUUGAUAAAGAAAAGGUUGAACUCACCAAUGGUGAUAACAGGGGCAUUGCUUCCGGUCCUUUUCUCCACAGCAAAAGUUUGUCCAGCCAUCUCUCUAAAAAAUUCUGUGCUCAUGCAUUAUCCUUGUCAAUGGUCUUUUGCUCUGCUCCUGAGGAAUCCACAGGGUCCAAUCUCAUACAAGAUUCUCAGAGGAAUGCUUCUCAAGUUCAGUCACCACUCAAUUCAAGAACUAGAAAGCAUGGCCAGGCUCUUGUUCUUGUGGAUGAAGAAGAUUGUCUGCCCGUUGAGAUGACAAAACAGGAAGAUGGACUUGUUGGGAGGUUGAAAGAUAACAAAAUAUACUACCCAUCAAGAGAUGAUCCUGAAUCUGUGGAACUUUGUUAUUCAGACAUUAAAUGCCUUGAUCCUGAAGCUUUUUUGUCAUCAACUAUUAUGAAUUUUUACAUUCGAUAUUUACAGAGGCCUGCAUCCUUGACAAGUAGACCAAGAGGAGAUUAUCAUAUUUUUAACACAUAUUUCUACAAGAAGCUUAAGGAUGCUGUAUUGUGCAAGAAGAGUGAGAAGGAUACUUUCUUUGCUAAGUUCAGGAGGUGGUGGAAGGGUGUCAAUAUUUUUCUUAAGGCAUAUAUACUUUUGCCAAUACAUGAAAAACAAAGCUGCAUUCUGUUCUUGAUUUUCUCUGGUUUUGAUGGCGGCAGUCUUCAUUGGAGCCUGGUGAUUAUUUGUUUUCCAGACAAGGAAGAUGAAUCAGGGCCAAUUAUACUCCAUUUGGAUUCAUUGGGAUAUCAUAUUAGUAGCCAGAUAUUUGAGAACAUCAAAAGCUUUUUACGAAAAGAAUGGGAAUACCUGCGUCAAGAAGCCACUUCAUCAGAUCUUCCUUUUGCAGACAGAAUAUGGCAGAACUUGCCCCGAAGAAUAGAUGACAAAAUCAUAACGGUUCCCCAACAAAAAAAUGACUACGAUUGUGGCAUCUUUGUACUUUUCUUCAUGGAACGUUUUAUCAAAGAAGCUCCUGAAAGGCUUAGAAAAAAGGAUUUAGCUAUGUUUGGCAAGCAGUGGUUCAAACCCGAAGAGGCAUCUGGAUUGAGAGAGAGAAUCCGAAAGUUGCUUCUUGAAGAGUUUCAAAAUGCUGAUAUAGAGGACUGUAGCAGGGAAUCGUCACCUACAUCGUCAGGGGACUCUGGUGGGAAGGACAGAACAUUAAACUGAUCAUUGACGGAUCCUUUGGAGCUAUUAUUUGCUCGCCACCAAAAUUUACAGAAUUUUGUGCCCGGUAUGGGUUUUUGAUUUUUCCAUUUAUCUCCGCAGAAUGUACAGCCUGUACAAAUUUAGACGCUGAGUUCCUCAGACGAAUCCAUUCAUUGAAUCAACUCUAGCCGGGGAUCAACUUGUGUAAAAGAAAUUAGUGGUUUAGCUGUGUAUAGUCUUAUAGUACAUCUAGGCGUGAAUCCUUACAUGUUUUUGAAGGUGUUUCAGACAUCUGUGAAGAGUGAAGCAGGGCUAUAUAUUUGUACACAGUUAAAUGAACACAUGGAGUGAUGGAGUACAUUCCAUUUGCCCUAAUUUAUGUAGAAAUACAGAAGAGUUUCAGAAAAUGAAAUUGUUGGUAAUUGGGCCUUCGAACAA